UCACAUCCCCUGUGCCCAAUUCUCCCCAAUCUUAAACCCAUUUCAAAUUCUUCUUCUCUCUAUCCCAAAUUUAUCUUCUUGCAUCCCCGAUCACCAUCAGCCGCAUUCCUUCACCUUCCUUCUCACAAAACCCUCCAUCUGCAAUUCUCUCCUCAUAGAACCCACCUUCCCAAAGGAGAAACCCAAAAAGAAAGGAUACACUCUCCUUCUUCUCCUCCCCAACAAAUCACCCGAUCCUCCUUCUCCCUAAUACCACUCGGUGAGCCCGAAUCCAGAAGCGGUUAAGUGAAAAGCGGCACCAAAUCGGUCUAUAGUCUGCGUAAACUCGUCAAUGGAGUCGCAUUCGGCAGUCAAGAUUCCAAAAGCAGGGACUCCAGUCAAAGACCCACAUGGGUCUCAAGGAAAGAUUCAAGAAGUUACCAAAUUGUCUGAGAACUCAAAUCCAAAUAUUUCUCGUUCAAGCCCUGUCAAACCCACAAAUUCACCACUAAUCAAAUCUGCAAAAUCCCAGAAACCUGCUCAUAAAAAUCCCAGCGCAAACCCGAGCGUUUUCUCGCCAAGAAACAAGAUCAGAGAAAGAAAGUUCGUGGUGGCCAAGAAGAAUCCGAAGAAGGAGAAAGCCGGAGCGAUUUCAAAGAUUGAUUGCAAGUGUAGAGAGCGGUUCGGCGGUAAUUUGAAGAAAUGCCUCUGUGUAGCUUAUGAGACCUUGAGGGCAUCGCAGGAGGAGUUUUUCAAGAACCGGGGUGGUGCGGAAGAUGAUGGGGAAUUCGAUUUUACAGAAGUAGAGGCUUGUGAAGGAGUAGAGAAUGAGGGUAAAGAAGAGAUUGAGAAGAGCCUGGGAAACGGAAAUGGGCACGGAUCUGAUGAUCAAGACCCAUGUGAAAUAAAAAAAACUCCAAUGAUUAGUUUCACAAUCAAGAGGAGGAGGGAGAGAUUGCUUGAAGAAGCAAGGAGUAGCGUGCCUGAAUCAGGGAUGGUGGCGCAUUUGGUUCAGGCAUUUGAGAAGCUUAAAACAAUACCCAACUCCAAAGAAUUGGAUACGGUGGAAGAGAAGGAGACAGAAGAGAAAGACGCAGACGAGAAGAACAUUUUCACAAAGAAGAUACCGAAGUGGGCACUACCCGGUCUUCAACCACCUCAGGUGCCUGGCACUGAGACACAAGUCUCUUCUUGCUCUUCGUUUUGCCCAUCAGAUUUGUUGUUGACUGCAGAGAAUCUUGGUCUAGAUCCUCGUGCUUCGGUUUCUUCUUCAUGGGAUAGUAGCCAUGGAAGUGUAUCAAGCAGGACUUCUAAUGGGGGCCGGAGAAGCCGAAGAAAUAGCGCUGAAUCUUGUGCGACAAUGGGAGGAGGGAGGAGAUGGAAGAAGCAGCAGCAAAAAAUUACUUGCCAAAAGCCGUUUAAUCUAAGAACUGAGCAAAGGGGAAGAGCAAAGGAAGAAGAAUUUACGAAGAAGAUUCAGGAGCUGAUGACUGAGGAGGAAAAGCUGCGUAUCCCCAUUGCACAAGGUCUUCCAUGGACCACAGAUGAACCAGAGUGCUUGAUUAAACCUCCAGUGAAAGAGAACACAAGGCCUGUAGACUUGAAGCUCCACAGUGAUGUACGGGCUGUAGAACGUGCUGAGUUUGAUCAUCAGGUAGCUGAGAAGAUGAGCUUGAUUGAGCAAUACAAAAUGGAGAGGGAAAGACAGCAAAAGUUGGCUGAAGAGGAAGAAAUAAGAAGGUUGAGAAAGGAGUUGGUUCCCAAAGCACAGCCCAUGCCUUACUUCGACAGGCCAUUUAUUCCCAGAAGGUCAGUGAAGCAUCCAACGAUUCCUCGAGAGCCAAAGUUCCACAUGCCAGAACACAAGAAGAUCAAGUGCUGUCUAUCAUGGAAUGAUUCCUACACAUGCCAACAGAACUAGACUUAGGGCAAUUGCUAUUUGAUUUGUUGAUAAUUUCAUUAUAUUGUUUUCCUUAAUAAUGCCUCUUUCCUCUUAUGCGUUCUAUGUGGUUUUCAGAAAUUUUGUACAUGAAUGAAAGCAACAAUUUAGUUGCAAAUCAUCUUUUU